GCGGGUUGGGUCCCUCCCCGGGAAGAUGAGGCGGAGGCCCGGUCUGUCGAGCGGGCUGAGCUGGGGCUCUUCCCUCCCAGCCGCCAGGACAAGAUGGCAGCGGCCGAGGCGGCGGCGGCAGCAGCAGCAGCAGCGGGAGGAGCGGCAGGGCUGAGCGGCUGAGCCCGGCCGGAGCGGCGUUUCCCCGGAGCGCUCCCGGACAUGCCCAGGGCGGCGGCGGCAGCUCCAGCGCGCACGCCAGCGCAGCCCGACCCGUGAAGGUAUGGCCUCACAAGUCUUGGUCUAUCCACCAUAUGUUUAUCAAACCCAGUCAAGUGCCUUUUGUAGUGUGAAGAAACUCAAACUAGAACCAAGCAGUUGUGUGUACCACGAAAGAACAUACCCACAAAUCUAUGUGAAUGGUAAAAACUUUGGAAUUUCUCCCCACAGGGUUAGUACUUUCUUUCAGACUAAAAACCCAUUCGAUAGACCUCGAGGACAGAACUUUUGGUUGCAGUCAAAUGCUGUUGCUUUAAMAAACACUGCAGGUGCUACAAAAGCGUUGGCAGCGUGGGCUCAGCUGGAGGCCCCCGGGGCCGGGACGCAGGGAAUCCACUCGGAUAUCCUGGAAGGAGCCCAGAGAUGUGGAUUGAAGCGUAAAAGCGAGGAGCUGGAUAACCAGAACGGCACCAUGCAGAUUGUGGAUGAGCUCUCCAUCCUGCCUGCAAUGCUGCAAACCAACGUGGGCAACCCGGUGACGGUGGUGACAACAGCAGCAGGCUCCAAGCAGAGCGGGACCAGCGGGGAUGGGGAUUACCAGUUGGUGCAGCACGAGGUGUUGUGCUCUGUGAAAAACACCUACGAGGUUCUGGAUUUCCUGGGACGAGGGACCUUUGGACAAGUAGUGAAAUGCUGGAAAAGGGGGACGAAUGAGAUCGUGGCAAUCAAAAUCUUGAAGAAUCAUCCUUCGUACGCGCGCCAAGGGCAAAUAGAAGUGAGCAUCUUAGCGAGACUAAGCACUGAAAAUGCUGAUGAAUUCAACUUUGUGAGAGCCUAUGARUGCUUUCAGCAUCGUAACCACACUUGUCUGGUUUUUGAGAUGUUGGAACAGAAUUUAUACGAUUUCCUGAAACAAAACAAAUUCAGCCCUCUGCAACUGAAAGUAAUAAGGCCUAUUCUGCAACAGGUGGCCACUGCACUGAAAAAACUAAAAAGUCUGGGUUUAAUCCAUGCUGACCUCAAACCAGAGAACAUUAUGUUGGUGGAUCCCGUUCGGCAGCCUUACCGGGUCAAAGUCAUAGACUUUGGGUCUGCCAGCCAUGUAUCAAAGACUAUUUGUUCAACUUAUUUACAAUCUCGGUAUUACAGAGCACCAGAGAUCAUACUGGGAUUGCCGUUUUGUGAAGCCAUAGACAUGUGGUCGUUAGGGUGUGUGAUUGCAGAGCUGUUUCUUGGAUGGCCACUGUACCCAGGAGCACUGGAAUAUGACCAGAUUCGUUACAUUUCACAGACUCAAGGUUUGCCGGGAGAGCAAUUGUUAAGCAUGGGAACGAAAACUGCGAGAUUUUUCUGUAGAGAAACRGAUGCACCAUAUUCUAGUUGGAGAUUAAAGACAUUGGAAGAACACGAGGCAGAAACAGGUAUGAAGUCUAAAGAGGCCAGAAAGUAUAUUUUCAACAGUUUGGAUGAUAUAGUGCAUGUGAACAUGGUGAUGGAUUUGGAAGGAAGUGACCUUUUGGCAGAGAAGGCAGAUAGGAGGGAAUUUGUCAGUCUGUUGAAGAAAAUGUUGCUUAUCGAUGCUGAUUUAAGAAUCACUCCAGCUGAGACCCUGAACCAUUCUUUUGUUACCAUGAAGCACCUCCUCGAUUUUCCUCAUAGCAACCAAGUGAAGUCCUGCUUUCAUAUCAUGGAUAUUUGCAAAUGCAGAUCAAACCUGUAUGACUUAAGCAAUCGCAAUAAAACAUCACUGAUGAGAUCAGUUGCCUCAGGCAGUGCUGCCAACCUGACUGCAAACUUCACCAAAAUUGGUCCAGUAAGAAGUCAGGCAUUGACAGCAUCUGCCCACUCAGUUUUGCACCAAGGGAUACCACUGCAGGCAGGAACUGCUCAGUUUGGUUGCAGUGAUGUUUUCCAGCAAGCAUUGAUUAUAUGUCCUCCAGCUAUUCAAGGAAUUCCUACAAACCACAGCAAACCCACCAGUUUCUCCCUGAGGGUGGACAAUGCAGUUCCACUGGUGACCCAAGCCCAUGCAAUUCAGCCACUACAGAUUCGAGCAGGAAUCCUUUCUCAGACGUGGUCCAACCAGACACAGCAGAUCCUGGUUCCUGCCUGGCAGCAGGUCACACCAGUGGCAGCUCCAGCCACUUCUCUGCCCUCUGAUCCUGUGGCUGGUCCACAAAGGCUUGGAGAGGCUUGGGGGAAGAUGAUCACCCAGGGCACCCACUACAGCCCAGUGAUACCACAGCCUCUUCUSACACACCAGAUAACCUUGUCUGCCCCUCAGCCCAUCAGUGUGGGCAUUGCACACGUGCUCUGGCCUCAGCCUGCAGCUACCAAGAGGAACAAACUGUGCCACAACAGGAGCAACAUCUUACAAAACACCAACAUCCAAAAUUCAGCCUUYGUCUCUCCAAAGAUCCUCAACCUGAAGGCUGUCAAGAGAAUCAGCUGUAUAGAAGCSCAGGACAAUGUGACCUCGGAAGGGCUGGAGCGUGGCUGUUGUCAGGCGUCGCUCAGGCUGGCCCCUGUCCCCUCUGUCCCCAAUUCCCCACGCCAGGAGCUGUUCCUGGGCUCCCCCAGCCCUGCCCUCAGUGUCAUCACCAUCAGCAGUGACACCGAUGAGGACCACGCGGCGCCCACGCACUCGCUGAGGGAGUGUAAAGGGAGCCUGGAGUGUGAAGCAUGCCAGAACACCCUGAACAUGGARCGUGUGUGCUCCCUGAGCAGCCCUGACAGCACACUCAGCACCAGCUCCUCAGAGCACUCCAGUCCCUCUCCCUGCAAGAGAUCCAACAGUAUGUCAGAUGAUGAGCAGGAAAGUGGGUGUGAUACAGUGGAUGGUUCCCCAAGCUCAGACUCCUCAGGACAYGACAGCCCCUUUGUGGAAAAUGGCUUUGUAGACAAUAACAAUAAAAAUAAGGAAGCCAGAGCCUCAGUUAACCCUGAAACCAAAUCAACUGUUUGCACAGUAGUGGUACCACCCAUGAGACUUGAAAACAGGUUACAUCUUGAGGAGCAGAUGGUGAAUACAGAUGCUACAUGCCAGCCACUGAAAAAGGGUCGGUCUGUCCUGGGAAGAAUAAACCAAUCUUCUGUUGUAGGAAACCGUCAGCAAAAAGUGACAUCAGCAUUCCAUCUGCAACAUGGAAACUUCAGUCAGAUGCAGCACUUCAGCUCGGAGUGGAACGGGAACUUUGCUCCGCGGAGGCAGCAGGCUUUCAUCCCAGCCACGGUGGCCAGCCACGCUUUCUCUCUGCCCCAGGGGAGCCCAAACCACGGCUCGGUGCCCGCUCACCUCUCGGGGAGCUCCCAGCUGGGGGUACAGCCCCCCAUCCUCCCGUACCCAUCACCGGCCCCGCUCAGCACCCACCUGCUGGCAUCGCCCUGCGCCUCCAGAGCUUUGCUACAGCACCCCACCUACAGCCUGAGCCACCCCGCUGGAAUAGUGCACCAAGUUCCUGUUGGCAUCAACCCCCGCCUGCUGCCUUCCCCCACCAUCCAUCAGACUCAGUACAAAGCCCUUUUUCCACCCCACUCGUACAUCACAGCGUCGCCCACUGCUUACACGGGAUUUCCUCUGAGUCCCACCAAACUCAGCCAGUACCCCUUCAUGUGACAACUCACACACGGUGUAUUGAGGAGCAUCGAUGCUACAGGAGUUUGCUUAGAGAAGAAACAUGGUAUUUAUUAAAUAUUAGCCAUGGCACAACAGGAAAAUUAUUUUUUUGAAUCAUGUAGACUUGGGUGCAAUUUAAACAACUCUGAGCUUUAAAAAAAAACAAACUCACUUUUAAUGUGUUUUGCACAUUUGGUAUAACUUGUCUUUGGUCAUGUUAUCUUCUUAUAUAGUAACUUUAGACAGGUGACUUAUGGGAGCAGAAAUCUGGUUUUGCUCCUGCUAUUUUUUAUAAAAUUGCCUUCUAACUAGUGCAAGACACGUCUACAUUUGGGAAGCCAUUCAGUGUACAGAAYUAGAGCAACAGAUGCACAUGUGUCAGCAGUACAGUGUAGAAGUAACUUGUUUGUAUUGCGUAUCUUGGUGUUUUAAAUGUUGAGUCACUUAUCUAAAAGUUGAGCUGUUGUUCUUCACAUUGCAUGUGUCUUUUGCAUGGGCAAAGGAAAGGCCUAAACAUUGCUCUUAAAUGUUGUUGUCCUAAUAAUCUCAGCUGCAUUGUAAACUGUUCCCACACAUAGUGCCUUAAAUAUUUUAGGUUGUUAAUGUUAUUACUUAUAUAUAAAUGUUGAGGACUGCAGCACUUAAAAAACUUCAGAUCUGCUGAUUUUUUGAUAGCGUAAUGCUCAUUUUGGGUUUUGUGUGGUAUGAUUUUAGUAUUGGGUGUAUUUUCCUUAUUGAGAAGGCAGCAUGUUUUGCUGUAGCUGAAUUUUGCUGUCUUUUUUUUCCCCCCCAGAAUGAUCUAGCUUCAAGACAGGACUUUAGUAGWGCUUAAGGAAAGUUGAUUCAGUAGCUAUUGAAUAGUAUCACACAAGACAGUAUUUCAUACUGGUAAAUGGAACUGCAAUACAACCUAAAUAGUUUAUUUUAAAAGUGUUUGUCUAAUUGGAUAUAAUAAAAUGUUUAGAGGUGAAGUAGGCAUGACUGGCUAGCUAAUGAAAGGAGAAGCCAAGUGCUCAUUGAUCCAUGAUGUGGUUUCAUCUUAGCUUGAGCAAACCAUGCAGUAUUUAAUAACUAGUAGCAGAAUAUUUACUAUUGAAGCUUGAAAAAGAUGUGAGUUCUUUGUGUGCAAUCUUUCAUUUAUGCAUGGGAGAGAUUUUAGUCUUUUUACAUGAUAGUAUUUGUUUUAGCCUUUUGUGGGUGUUUGCUUAUUUAAUACAUUCCGUCAGGGACGUAAAUUAACAUGCUUUUUGCAGGUUUUUUUUUCCUUAGGAAGUGUGUUUUUUAAUUUUCUUUUUUUUUUGUUUAUUUUGUUUUGUUCAAAUGAAGUUGCUUUUGCAGCACCAAAGACUUAAUCAUCCAUUUCCUAUAAAAGGUAGCUACUUUUUCAUAGACCUCAAGUAUACUGUAGUGUAGAGAUGGGAUUUAAGGAAGGUAUUAAGCUGAGGCUGUGUUUUAGCUUAUGGGCAAGUAAUAAAUUGUAUCAUUUAUCUUGAAUGUAUCAUAGAUAAGCUGCUAUAUAAUGAUUGCCACUUCAGAUAGCUGUGAAAUUAGGUGAUUAACUAGUUCUUUCUUAGCCUUCUAAUUUCUGUACAAGUCUAAUUACAUGAAAUAGAAGCUGGGUUUUGGGUUUGGUUGUUUUGUUUUUUUUUUAAUUUUUAUUUUGUUUUCAUGUUUGAAGUGUCGUAACUACUAUACUGUAAAUGAUGGAAGAUGAUUGCAUAUGUUUUUUUGGGGUGUGUUAUUUGCAUCAGUAUUUUAUCUCCAUUAACUUUGAGCUCAUCACUGCAUAUAAGUGGAUGUAUUAAUGUAACUUAAUUUUUUUUUAUGUUUUCAUAUUGGCAUUGUGUAGACACUUAAGCAGCUGCAUCUUGCAGGCUUGACUUAACUUUUUUUAAAACAAAAUCUGGAAUACAAUCCUUGCAAUGUUGACUGGAAUAAGAGUGCAAAACAUUUGAGUUUAACUCUGUCAAUAAGCUAAUAACUGGUAAUCUUUUUCUUUACUCCACUAACACAAGCAGUGUUUUAUUUAAUGAAUGUCUGAAUGAAAUAAAUGUGCCUACAUUUGAUUUAUUUUUUAAGUAAUAACUAAAAUACAACAGUAUUAGAUCAUAAAAAAAAAAAGAAAAUACCAGCAGUACAUUUUUAAUCACACUGAAAAUUAAGAAACCUAACUUUUCCCAGAAGUUUCAAUGUUUUUUUUAGUGAUCAACUCUAUGCAUUUUGUACAAGUGUGUGUGUGUGUAUAUAAAGUAUACAUUAGCAACUAGGAGUAUCCUGAUGAAUUUGAAAUUGUAUCAACACAUAGGGAGUCCAAUUGGAAUUCCACCUCACCUCUUCAAGCUUGUGCUGUGUGGUCCAGCAGAGUUUUCUGUUCACUCCCUUGUGCUGGGAAAUUUCCCUUUUUUUUUGGUGCUCACUCCAUUGCAGGCAAUGGACACACCAAAAGCCACCAAUGCAAACGGAGCACAUCAAUUUUGUAUCACGGUAACAAAAAAAAAAUAAACAAAAAAGAUACUGCAGUUUUUUUAAAUUUUUUUUUUCCUGGGGUCACGGGGAUCAUCAUGGGUCUGAUGUAUUUUCUGUACUUUUCUUUUUACUGUGCUUAAGGUUUGGAGCUCACGUGCUUGUUCAAUUGACACGGUUCUCUAUAAUCACCACAGUAUCCUGUCCUCUGCAGGAAAAAAUUGCUGUAAAUGUGCCCCAAAUUAGAUCUGCUGCUCUUUCUAUGUAUUGUAACCUUAGAAAUGUCUGCAUUUCAAAGAAUGAAAUAUUUGGGAUCCUGCCACAGCUUAAAUUCAAUGUACCAGGUGACUUUCCCCCUUCAUCCCCUGCAAUAUGCUCUGAGAGAAUGGACUCUUGUCCCUGCAAGUGUCUGGGGCCCAUUUGCAGAAAAAAAAAAAAAGCUUUCAGGGUGAGGGCCUUUUCUGUGAAAAAAGUCAUCCUUUAAGAAGCAUUUUUACAUGAUACCGGUUUAAUGCCUUUUUUAAAUAAAACACUGCAUGACUUUGGAAUUGCAUAUCUGCAUUUUACUUUAAUUUGCAAGGUUUUAUAUGAAUUUCUUGUGUUCGGUUUUUAACUUCAGGGUGUUUUAUUGGUCAAAUAUGCUACUGUAUUAACUCUUUUUGUUUUAAUUUUUAAAUUUUUUUUCUGUUUUUACUGCUAAUUAAUGUGGUUUGUGUUAAGUAAAAGUUAAAUCACACUGCAAGCUGUAGGAAGACUUGUUCUAGAAACACCCAGUGAUAGAGACUUGAUUAAUGAGGUUGAACUGUUACUGUUUAACAAUUUGUAGACUUGUGGCUAUUUUUUUUUUUUUUUUUUUGCUUUGGAUUUCUCUGCUACACUAGUUCGCCAUGUAGCAAUUGCACUGUGCAAUAUUACAAUAUUGAGGACUGGGAAAAUUUUUUAUGGAUGUAAUGUCUCUUACAGUUUGCGAUAGUAUUUCUUUCUAGUUCUCAGUGAUUUAAAUGUGACCAAGCCUUCUGUACUUUGUCACAAAAAGCGGGUUUUCCAGGUGACUAUUUUGGUGAGUGUCAAAAUAAGAAUUUAUGGUGUAUUACUGUCAAGAUUCACUUUGAAUUAAAAUAUAUAUUGCAGC